AUGGGGUUUCGUAGCUUGAAGGCCUUUAACAAAGCAUUGUUGGCCAAACAGGGGUGGAGGUUGCUUUCGGUGCCGGAUUCUUUGGUGGCCAGAAUUUUGAAGGCUAAGUAUUACCCUCACACAACGUUUCUUCAAGCUAAUGUUGGGUCGAAUCCCUCGUUCACAUGGAGGAGCAUUUUUAAUGCAAGACCGCUUUUAGAAGUGGAGUUGAGAUGGCGAGUGGGGGAUGGUCGGUCAAUACAGAUUUGGGGUGACAAGUGGGUGCUGCGGCCUCAUUCUUUUCGAGUUUGUUCACCACAUUCACCACAGCUACAGGGUGCUUUGGUUAGCGACCUCAUCGAUGAGGAUAGGCAUUGUUGGGACGUCAAUGUAUUGCGAGAGAAUCUCUUGGAGAUGGACGUAGAGGCAAUCCGGCAAAUCCCUAUUUGCUGUUAUGGCAUUCCCGACAAGUUAAAUCAGUUCUUCGGCAACGGCAUAUAUUGUAGGAGGAUAUGUGUGAUGGCUUGUGGGGAUGCAGCAGAAACGGUAAUGCACUGUUUAUGGGAUUGUAUGAGGGCACGGGAGGUCUGGAAUCAAAGCCCGAUAUCGUUUGUGCUUGAUCACGGUGGUGGUGGUGACUUUAUGGGUUGGGCAUAUGGUAUUGGACGUCGAACGGAUAGUGUCACACUGGGUUUGUUUUUCACUCUUUGCUGGGGGUUAUGGUCAUCGCGGAAUCAAGCUCUUUUUAGUAAUGUCAUUCACUCGACUGCUGCGACAGUUCAGAUGGUGUGUGAAAGGUCUGUGGGGGUAGGGGUGGUGAUUCGUGAUCUCAAUGGCAUACCUAUUGCAGCUUUAUCGGAGCCAAUUCCACAAUGGAUGGAAAUUGAUUGUAUUGAAGCUAUUGCUGCUGUCAAGGCUUUGGAUUUUGCAGUAGGGUUGGGCUUAACAAACAUUCAUUUGGAAGGUGAUUCCCUUACUAUGGUCAAUGCUAUGCGAGAGGAUGGUUAUCUUAAUGCUUCGUUUGGUCAUUUUGUAGAAUAUGCCAUCGAUCGUAGUAAGCAAUUUUCGAGCUUCUGUGUCUCGCACACGCGACGGAGUGGCAAUGUUAUGGCUCAUCAUCUGGCUCAAAUGGCUAAGAAGGAUCCGAAGAAGCAAGUUUGGAUGGCUGGGGUUCCUGAGCAUUUACAUGACCUCCACUUUCUAAACAAAAGAAAAAAGUAA